AUGUCUUCUGCGCUCUACACCGCUGUUCCCACCACUCUCUCCAGCAUCCGCGACUAUCCGGCGCGGAAGGGGGAGAUCGGAUCGUUUCUCGACGCUUCCGGUCUCAGUUGGGUCCUCAAUGAACCAAACCCCAGAGACUCCUUGGAUGCCGCGCUCGCCGCUGAUCGCAAGGCGAUCCACGAGUGGGUCGUUGAUGACACCAAAGCCAAGGGGUCCAUCACGCUCCGUCUCGAUCCGACUCUUCGUGAGUCGAUCAAGGACCAGUAUACAACUGCGACGGAGCUCAUGGCGCUUCUGAAGAAGAAGUUCGACAUCAUGACCCUCGGAACUGUCUUCAACGACUUUUCUGACGCGAUGAAGCAGCAGAUCCCUGGGAAUUCCAACCCGGAUGCCGCGAUCGACAAGAUCACGAUGCUCUUCAACCGCCUUAAACUCCGUAAAGUCGAAGUCCCCGAGCACCUUAUCGCCAUGAUCAUUCUUUCCAAACUCCCUCCCCGUUACAAGAACGUCCUGUCUAACUUCUCUCAGAUGGGCGCCAGCGACAUCAUUUCGAUGUCCGUUGAGAAGGUUUGCACUGCCGCGGUCAAUGAUUUCAUCGGUACUGGCAAGUCCGCUGAACCUGCUACUGCCAACAAGUUGUCCACCGUGAAGCGCAAGCAGAACGACCCCAACUUCUCCCAGCAGCAGCGCGGUAACAACCAGCAGCAGCAGCGUGGUAAUAACCAGCAGCAGCGUGGUCGUAACCAGCAGCAGCAGCAGGGGAAUUCGGGCAACAACGGCAACCAGGGAGAUUCGAACGGAAAGAAGAAGCGUAAGCGUGGCAAGAAGGGCAAGGGCCAGAAUGGGAACAAUGCCGCUGUCAUCGACUCGGACAGCGAUGACGAAGACGACGGCAACACGCAGAACUCUCUCCAGUUUGCUCCCAUUAACGAGGUUCUCACCUUCGGCCCUCCUCGCACCGACCUCGACCCAUCCACUCGUGAUGUUCGCCGUCACUCUAAACAUCCCGCUCACCGUCCCUCCAAUGCCUCCCUUCGCAUUCACAAGAAGGUGAAGAAGGGUAUCGAGCUUGCGCAUGAACUCGGUGUCAAAGCGACGCCUGACGUUAUUUGCGCCCUCGAACCCUGCGGCCAUAUCUCGGAGGUCGAAAGCGACGAUGAAGGCGACGCUGGUCCGUCCCAGAAGCGCAUGCGUACCCUCGCGGAUCGCAUUGCUCCCGCUCCGGAUGCGGAGAAUGGCAUCACUGCUCCUACCCCUCCUCACCCCUCUACCUUCGGAUACGAGGACUUCGGCGAGUUGCCGCCCUCUCCUGCGUUCCCUCCAUUGUUCGACACCCCGAUCUCCCUCGGAGAUCCGGAUGAGCCGAUGACUUUGGACUUGGACGCGGAGAUCGCCGACAUCGCUGGAAUUUUGGGGAACAUGGGAGAAACGCGUAUGUAA